CAUCUCAUCUUCCAUACAAUAUUGAAAACAUCAUUAUGAGGGAAAUUUUCCGUGCUAUGCUUGUUCUAGUUGCUGUAUUGUUCUUUGGAGCUGCAGAGUUUUGUUCCGGUCGGAACACAAGCUUUAGCUGUAUAGAAAAGGAGAGAGAAGCCCUCUUGAAGUUCAAACUUUGUUUCCAUGAUCCAUCGCAUAUGUUGUCUUCUUGGAAAGGCAAUGACUGUUGUGAAUGGAGAGGAGUAGGCUGUGACAAAAAUAACGGAUAUGUUAUCUCAAUUCAACUCAGGGGAUCGGUAUUUGCUAAUCAACAACGUCAAUUGUCCUUGAUUGACGAUGUAAAGGAGGUUGGUUCAAGUUUGCUCAAGUUGAGAUACUUGGAACACCUGGACUUGAGCAACAAUAAUUUCAAUGGUAAUCUUAUUCCACCCUCUUUUGGCUUGAUGAAGCAGCUGAGGUACCUCAAUCUCUCUUAUACGCAGUUUAGAGGAAAUAUUCCUGGGGAACUUGGAAAUCUUACAAGGCUUCAUGUCCUUGAUCUUUCUUCGUAUUAUUAUGGGGGAUUGAAGGUUGAUGAUGACAUCAAGUGGACUUGUCUCAGCUCUUUGCAACAACUUGAUAUGAGUGGAGUAAAUCUAAACCAUGCUUCAUCAAACUUGUUCCAGGUACUUGGCAUGCUUUCUUCAUUAUCAUGGUUGAGAAUGUCAUAUUGUAGUCUAAAAAAUUCUCAUCUUCCAUCUCACAACCACCUUCUUAAUUUUACAUUGCUUGGAAAUAUUCAACACUUUGAUUUGUCGUAUAAUUUUCUUCAUGGUCCAAUACCUACAUUUUUCCAAAACAUGACUUCCUUGAUAGUUCUUGAUCUUUCUAGCAAUCAAUUGAGUGGGAGUAUUUUAGAUAGUAUCGAGCAACUUUUUAGGUUAGAGAGCAUAUAUCUCUUUAACAAUCAAUUCAAUGGGAGUAUUCCAGAUAGCAUCAGGAAACUUUCUAAGUUAAAGAGGAUAGAUCUCUCUAACAAUCAAUUGAAUGGGAGAAUUCCAGAUAGCAUCGGGCAACUUUCUAAGUUAAAGAGCAUGGAUCUCUAUGGGAAUCAACUGAGGAAUAUUCCAGACAGCAUCGGGCAACUUUCCAACAUCGGGCAACUUUCUAAGAUAUGGAUCAUGUAUCUUUCUGAGAAUCAACUAAGGAGUAUUCCAGACAGCAUCGGGCAACUUUCUAAGUUAAUGAUCAUGGAUCUUUCUGAGAAUCAAUUGAGGAGUAUUCCAGACAAUAUCAGGCAACUUUCUAAGUUAAAGGUCAUAUGUCUCUCUAACAAUCAAUUUGGAAUAGGAUUUUUUAAAUGGCUUCAAUUACCAAAGACAAUAAACAUGGUUGAUCUCUCUAAUGCUAGUAUCUCAGGUCCUAUUCCAAAAAACAUAGGUCAUAUGAUGCCAAUGUUGGAGAGCUUAUAUCUUGCAAAUAACCUCUUGAAUGGUUCAAUUCCAAAGUCACUAUGCAAUUUAAAAUAUUUCUGUGAACUUGAUCUCUCAAGCAAUAUGCUAUCUGGAAAUAUUCCAAAGUCGCUAUGCAAUUCAAAACCUUUGGAAUAUCUUGAUCUCUCAAAUAAUAUGUUAUCUGGAAGUAUUCCUAAUUGUUGGAGAAAUGAUCAAUCAUUCUUUUUUAUUGAUCUAUCUUCUAACAAUCUCUCAGGUUCAUUUCCUAGCAGAAUGGUGCAGCUUUCUUCUUUAGUUUUACUGCACUUGAACAACAAUAGUCUCCAUAGGGGACUGCAUGUGGCGUUGAAAAAUUUAACUUCUUUAGUGGUUUUGGAUUUGGGUGAAAAUAAAUUUUCUGGAAAUUUAACAAGCAUUGUAAGAGGGGAGAUCAACACCAACUCUUUAAAGAUUCUCCGUCUACGAAAAAAUUUGAUUUCCGGUUAUAUUCCUUUGGAACUAUGCUCUUUCUCUCAAAUGCAAAUUUUGGAUCUUGCGGAUAACAAUUUGACGGGAAGGAUUCCUCCUUGUUUUGGAAAGUUUCCGAUUAUGGUGAAUGCAACACAAAUGAUCAAUGCCGCACAUGGUUCGGAUUGUUAUCAGGCGCCUUUGAUGGAGGUUGUGAAAGGGAGAUACCUUGAGUAUAAAAGAGAAACUCUGAGACUUGAGAUUAGUAUAGAUCUUUCAAGUAACAAUCUAACAGGACCCAUUCCAGAAGAGCUAAUAUUCCUUAAGGAUUUGCACAAUUUGAAUCUGUCUUGGAAUCAUCUCUCAGGACAGAUCCCUGAGAAAAUUGGACAAAUGGGGAAUUUGGAAUCUCUUGAUUUCUCCAAGAAUGGCCUUUCAGGAAUGAUCCCGAACAGCAUGUCAAGUUUAACCAAGUUAAGCCACCUCAACUUGUCCUACAACAACUUGUCAGGGCCAAUUCCAACAGGCUAUCAACUCCAAACACUCGAAGAUCCAACCAUAUAUGCUGGCAAUCCUCAACUUUGUGGAAGUCCACUCUUGAACCAAUGCUCAAAUGAUACACCACCUCCGACAGCUGCCAACUUCAAGGACAAUGAUGAAGGUACACUUAAAAGAAUGUGGUUUUACAUUGUCGUGUUCUUAGGCUUUGCAACUGGAUUCUGGGGGGUCGUGGGAACUUUGAUUUUUGUAAAAAAUUGGAGAUAUGCUUAUUUUCAAUGGGUGGAUGAUGUCCAACACUGGAUACUCAUAGUUAUAACAUUGAAGGUGGCAUGUUUCAAGAAGAUGUUCAAUGGCAACCAAGAUGAUCAGUGAGUUAUAUAUAGAGUAAGUUGUUGCUAUAUUUAUUAUUAAGUUAGUUGGAGAACCCUGUGUUGCAAGGUAUAGUGUUAGGUCCAACUUUGAAUGGCCCAAUAUUGAAUUGGCAAAUUUUAAAUGAACACAUAAGUAUUAGAGUUUGUAAAGACUUCAAUAAUAUAACAUAUGCUAUAGU